UCUGCAUUUCCGGUUUCGUAAUUGGAAUAUAAUGAUGAUUAUCAACAAUUCUAAUCCUAUCUAAUGUUUUCGUCUUGCCAUUCGAAUUUUACCAGAAAAAUCGUAUAUAAGGAAUUCCAUUUCUAUCAUUUAUGGACGAUUUUAAUUCGGCCGUCGUUACAAACCGUUUAAAUUUUUCCGGACAAUGAAUUUCGCCCAGUUUUUCAAAAUUACUGACGAAAUUAUUCUUGUUUGUUUCGUCCGUUCUCCAUUUCGGUCCCGUCACCCAAUGAGAAUUACCUGCUCGACGACGGAGGGUCCCUUCCCAUUCAACCCCAAAUUUGGCCCGAGAUUAUCUGUCAGAGCACGACGUAAACAGACCAAACAGUUCCAUUUUUUUCCCAAAUAUUUUCGGUUUACAGUGAUCAAAGUGAAUGGUGCGUUGAAGUUUCAGUGAAAUGUUGAAUUAUAUUCGUUCGAAGCUGUUUUUUAGAUCUUGUUUUCGGUCGAGGGAUGAUUAUAUCGACUAUGUUGUCGAUCAUUGGCCGAUGGACAGUCUCAAAGACUUCCUGGAAAGAAAACACAAAACUAUCGAUGUGGAUGGCGUUUUCAUGAGAUGGGUAUGCAGGCGGACGUCCAUCAGCAGAGCUAUGAAAGUGUUGAACCUUCUCCUAUCUUAUGGUGCCAAUCCUGUGCUCCCUCACCCAAACCGGGAAUCGACACUUUAUGUUUGCAUCGAUAAAGAUGUGAGGGAAAUCGCCAUCACCCUCCUGGAACACGUGACCGACCUGGACCAACCCAUCGAGUUCGUGCGCAGAAAAACGGCGAUGCACUGCGCCGCCCAGCGCGGCAACCUGGAAGUGCUCGCGUACCUGAUCGAGAAGGGCGCGAACGUCAACGCCACCAUGGACUUCGGCUUCAGCCCCCUGCACCUGGCCGUCACCCAGAGCGACAGCGACGUGGUGAAGAUGCUGCUGGAGCACGGCGCCGACGUGAACGCCGCCAACGACCACGGCGAGACCGUUAUUCACUGGGCCCUCAACUUCAAGCACUGCCACCGCCACAUCCACGUCCUCCUGGAGUACGACGUCGACCUGUCAGCUGUCAAUGAAAACGGCAGGACUCCGCUGCACCAGUUCAUGUACAAGAGGGCGGACAGCGUGUCCAUUUGCGAGAAGAUGCUGAGCAAGGGGUGCGACACGAUGGCCAGGGAUAACGCGGGCAACACCCCCUUGCACAGUUUGGCGUGGUCGUACUCUUCCACCAGGCCCUAUCCGGCGUCCAAGUUGGCCGCGAUGCUCAUAAGGAACGGCACUGACCCCAACGCUCAGAAUUUCGACGGUUACACGGCCUUGCACGUGUCGGCCCAGCGCGGGGUGCACAACCCCUUUCUGACGGCCAUGAUGGAGGAGGGAGCCCGCGUGGAUAUACCAGAUAACCGUGGUAUUUCCGCCUUCGGCUUCUACGCCUUCAUCAACAACGCCGACAUCGCCCGCGAUAUAAUCAAGUAUUACGCCGUCAAAGAACACGCGGGUAAAUACGAAUUCACCCCAGUCCUGAUGAGGACCAUAGAGGAUUCCGUGGAAUUGCUGGAGUACCUGGAGUCGUGCAGGGAGGAACUGCGACUCAUGGCCGAGACCAAAGUGGCGGAGGGUGUGUCGUUCACCCUCUUCCAACUGCUCAGUUUGCCGGCGUACGCGUCCGCCCAGCACGUCGAGGGCGAGGAGUUGCGCGCGACCGUCGAUCGAUCCUACAAGACUUUCAGGAGGUACAGUCUGGAUCUGACGACCAGGUAUAGGGAGGCGGUAAGGAGGGGCAAGGCGGAGAGGGUGGGCGUGGAGUUCUUCGAAAGGUACACCAAGCUCAACGCGUAUUGCAUCAAGGUGCUGGUGACUUACGUCCCGGUUAGGGAUUUGGAGAAGUUGAAUCGGUUCUUCGAGAGGCCGGUUCCGGAGGACGCCUGGUCGAUUGAUUCCGAAACGUUGCACCCUACGGAGGUCACGCAGUGUCUCAACCUGUAAGGUUGGAGGUGUUUGUAGUCGCCGCGAUGGACUUUUGGGGCUAGGAAAGUUGGGAAUAACAAAAAGUAUACGAGUACAUGCAGAGUGUUCAAUAAAGAUGUUGUUGACAAGGAAUCACAACUACUAUUUUGAAAAAAUCGUCAGUUAUUCUACCAUUUCAGAACAUUUUCCUUAGAAACAGCGCAAAUCGCCUGUAUUUUUGCUUCAGUAAACACCCUGUACAAUAUUGGAGGCUCAAUAAUGGAAGAAGAAAGCUGUUAUUCUUUGGAUUCUUCGGUUGCCUUUCAAGGCUUCUUCAUGAGUCACUCUGUAUCUAUUCUUGGGCUUGCCUAUCAGAACCUACGAGGAACACUGUGUCUUCCAUGAAGACUUCCUGAAGACUAACAGUCGAAGCUUCACUUAAUUUCCGAAUACGCUUGAAAUGAACUUUAUAUGAAGAAAAAUCUUCACAAUACCGGUGAUCUUUGCAAAUGACAACUAAAGAGAGAAUUUAUUUUUGUAUGUACAGGUUUGUUACAUCAUUAAAACCUUCACUUAUGUAUGCCAUCAUAUUUUGUAUUGUUAUUAAUGUUGAUUAGUAACAUCUUUCGUCUUGUGAUUUACUUUGUACUUAAACUACUUCAUUAUUGUCCCUGAAUUUUUAUUUAUAUAGUAAUUACAUCUUAGUUAUUCAUAUAUUGUUUAUUUAUGAAUGAUGUUUUAUGCUUACCACCUAUAAUAGAUAUUUAUAUUGUAACAAAUUCCGAAUAAAUUUUUUACACUUUGGUAUAAUCAUUUCUUUUGGUGAAAAAAUUCGCAUACCCAUACCUAAUUGUAAAUUUUCUUCUUCCAUCACAGGAGGGCUAUGAGAAAGGAUUCAUUGGUUCGCGCGAUAGGCCUAAGGAUGAGAUUUGUACGACUACCGAAGUGGAUAAGAGAGUCAAAUUGGA